UCGCUGCUGAGCAUUGAGCAAAAUGGACGCCUUUGUGUCUGUUUUCUUCGGAUUCCCACUAUAAAUAGUGUUUUUCCCGCGAUCAGUCACAUCUGAAAGUAUGGUGUUUACAUGGUUUCGCGAACGAUUAGGCCACAGCCACGGAUGACAAUUGAGUGGAUAUCUUGAGAGGAAAAAUUUCUGAAGAAAAUCGCUGAAGGAGGACCACUCCAACUUUCUAGGACCAAAAACUGGGUGCAUUUUUACAACUGACAGGCAGCUGAUUAGGAAAAUACGAAGGGCCCUGGCGAAAAACCUCAUUCUGCAUAUUAGACAGUACAGCAUAAAUAAUCGGGAGGAUCAGUUAACUAAAGGAAAGCUGCUCUCAAGUAACUAACAAUGGAUCGUUUGCUACAAGAUCCAAGGGCUUCAUCAAAAUUUGGCUGAGGAACCACCAGUGCACCAUGGGAACUUAAUAGAGACUUUGUUAAGUUCCCAAGAUUAACGUUAGUGUUAGUGUCGUUCAACACAUAAUUUCGUCUAAAAAUCUGCGGUCGCGGAAUCUCCUUGCCCUCAGAAUCCAGUGAUGCUUAUUCUCAUUUUUCGUGAUGAUGAUGAUGGUACAUCGAUAACUACCGUAUUUCCUCCUCCAAGGUGCCAAACUUUCCGCACAAAUAAGAGAUCUACAAUAAUUUGGUUUGAUUCACCUCUUCUCUAUCGAAAGGUAGCGACACCCUGGAUUCGUCGCUGAGAUCACCAUUUGCUCAGGCUGUAAUGCCAGAACAAAUCAAAGUCAAAAUGAAUGGGGUAAUUCCGAGUGUACCGAUAACAACCCUCGCAGGUAUUGCGAGUUUAUCUGAUUUACUAUCAGAAAUGCCCCUGCCCACUCCAUUGCCACAAACGCCGUUGACAAACAAAUCUCUCUUAUUUCACCCUCGAGUCGCAGAAGAAGCACAAAUACUUCUAAGUGUCCGGGACGACAAUUUAGUUCCUCAACUGAUAUCCUCUUUAUCACAGACAUCAUCGGAUCAUAUAGAGCUUAAGGACCACUACAACGUUGAUCAGUCCCUUGAAUCUGAUCAAAGCACACCCGAACUCUUAAAAGCCAUUCUAGAAAUCAAUCCUAACGUUUUUAAGGGACCUCAGUACAAUUCCCCGAGGAACUGGCCACAGGGGACGCCUAUGUUACACUCAAAUCAAUCGCCAGCCAACUACGGACGAUUCUCACCUUCAUAUUCCAAUUCUUCCGGGUCUCGACAGACACCGCAAGGUAGUCCCGCUCACUCUGCCGGAGCGAGAACAGUUCUACCGCCUCCUCCUUCAUCUGGAAUUUCUCACGCCCAGCAUCCCAGGAUGCCAGUGACGCCCCAGAAUUACGCCGAUAUGUCGCAAAUGUCUCCCUUUGCCGUGCCUUCUCCCUCGCCGAGAGCGAGCGUCAUUACGGAACAGACAAGAACCUCUACAACGCCGCAGCACAUGUCCGAAGACUCCAAUCUGACGCUCUCGAGCGCCAACAACCCUCAGCCUACUAUGUACUCGCCCGCUCACAUGAGUUCACCGAAUGCGCCCUUGUCGAGUCUUGGAAAUCUGACAUCCCAGAGUCAUCAUAUGACGACGCGGCAUAGUAUGCACAUGGCCUCGCCGAUGCACGUCGCUUCACCAAUGCAGGUCGUUUCUCCGAUGCACGUAGCCUCCCCGAUGCAAGUCGCCUCGCCAAUCGUCAAUUCUCCACUGCAAACCGAUCCCAUGCAGACUGUUAAUCUCCAACAGAAUAUAUUUGAGCCGAUCUUGAGCCAAAUGGAUACCCAAAGCACCCCGAGCACGCAGAACAUUCAUAACAAUCAAAUGCCAAUUGGAAAUGCGCUUCAGGAGCCGCAAUUGAUUAUAGAUCCCGUGACUGGUCUUCCCGACGUUGCGAUGCCUAUUGUCAAUCCAGAGCAGCAGCAGCAAAUUUCGAGUCAGAACGCAAGUCAGCAAUCCGUCGAGAGUGUUCCAUCGAUUCAAUCCAAUCCUGACGCAAGUCAAAAGAGCGUCUCGUCAAGUGACAAUCCAUCUCAAAAUACGCCGAACACUCCUAAGCCUUCUAACACUCCUAAUCCUCCGAACACUCCGAGCACUCCUAACACCCCUGUCAAUUCGGAUAAACCUCCCAGUGCCGAAAAAGAGCAGAAGAUGAUGAAGGAACCGGUUGUGAUGCUCAACAGGUUAUCUCUCGCGGAUCAAGCUCUUAUGCAGAAGAGUCUCAAGUCCUUUGCGCAAAAGGCGCCUACUCGUGCGGCCAAGAUGGGCUUAACGAAUAGCAAAGCAGCCGAUUCUGAGUCAGACAGCGAGGAGGAAAUUGGCAAGAACAACAAGCAUUUUAAAGCGCGAGCCAAGGAGCGUCAGGAAAAAAGGGAGAAAGAAAGAGCCGAGAGGAAGAAGGAAGAAGAGAAGACACCGCGCAGACGAAAAAGAUGUAUAGAAGAUGAUGAGGAGGAGGAAGAGGCGGAGGCUGGUGAAGGCAAGAAGGAAAAAGAAGAGAUCUUCCAGCCGCCAAAGCCAAAAAUCCGAAAAUACGAGAAGAAACUUGUGCCCGUUCUUGCGAAACUGAGCGUUGAGGAACUCAUGGAGACGAACACCUAUCAGCGAUUUAAUUCGACGAUGGACACUGUCUUUGAGAAUACGGAAGACGCAGCGAAUAUGACGGAUGAAGGAGAUGACGGGGAUGUUCCGCAAGAACUUUUGAUUCAGAAAUACCACCUCCAGGAACUAUGCACAGAGGCUGCUAAAUUGAAAGCUCUCGGUGCGAUGGAGUCGAUUCCAACCGACAGGCUUGUUCGACUGUUAAAUAUUCUUGAAAAGAACAUCAGGGAUGGAGCGAGAGUUUCGCCCCUAGCUGAUCCAGAAGAUGAUGCCGCAGCAAGUCGACGAUGGGUGAAUCUGGCAAUGGAACGAGUCCAACGAGCCGUUGAUGCUUCUCUGAUCUCCCUGCAUAUUAUGACCUCUAGCAAUAUGCCGAAGAACGUUUACCUUGAGGAUGUGAUUGACCGAAUAAUUGUAUUCAUGAAAUUUCAAUUGCAGAAUACAAUUUACCCGUCCUUUGACCCUGUUUAUAGAAUAGAUUCUAAGAGCAAGACUGAAACCUUUAAUUCUAGUGGACGGAAAAAGCGGGGACACGCGAAAGAGGUGCGAGAGAAGAGUAUUCUUCAAGUCUACAACAAAAUGACGGAACUAGUUGGUCUUUUGUCAGAGCUCUUCAACAUCCAAAUUCUCACCGACACGAGUGUUCUUCACGCCUCGACACUGGGAGUCUCGCCUUUCUUCGUCGAGUCGGUCAGCGAUCUUCAGCUGAGUGCUCUGAAACUUGUGACGGUGAUCUUCACCAAGUACGAGAAGCACAGGAGAUUACUUCUAGAUGAUAUACUGGCCUCAAUUGCAAGACUUCCAAGCAGCAAGAGAAGUCUGAGAACAUACAGACUGAGUUCCGAAGAUCAUAUUCAAAUGUUGACGGCUCUUGUUCUCCAGCUGAUUCAAUGCGUUGUUGUUCUUCCGGAAAGUAUAGUUCAGGACAAGUCGCCGAAAAAAGAAAGGAGUAAGGAUAAAAACAAAAAUAAAGACAAGGACAAGGGUAAAGAUAAGGACAAGGAUAAAAGUAAAGAAGAGGAGGAUGAGGAGAAGGAGAAAAAAGCGGCCCAAAUCGAUGCCGAUGUCCUGAUCAUCAACAGGUACGAGAAUGCGACCAGGACGGCGGCUAAUUUUCUAACCGUUUUUCUCAACAAGUGCGGCAGCAAAGGAGAGGAGGUGGACUAUAGGCCUCUCUUUGAAAACUUCAUCCAGGAUUUGCUAGCGACCGUCAACAAGCCUGAAUGGCCUGCAGCCGAAUUACUGCUUAGUCUUCUUGGAAAUUUGCUGGCAGGACACUUUUCCAAUAAAGGUUCGGACAUGUCGCUGCGAGUUGCCUCCAUCGAUUAUCUGGGAGUUGUUGCCGCCCGGCUGAGAAAAGACGCUGUGAGUUCUCAGUGCAAACUUUCCACGAUUGAUCAGAUCAUCAAGGACAUCAAAGCCGAGCAGCAGAAGGACUCGGAUUAUGAUAAAAUCAAGGAUAAAGGCAUCAAGGGUCUCACCGAGGACGAGGAGCGAACGGUUUUUCUGCAGAAAGUCCUUUUGGAUUAUUUGGCAGUUAACGGGACGAAAGACGCAGCGCUGGGAUACGCUCGGCAUUUUUAUCUCGUUCAGUGGUACCGCGAUUGUGCUGUUGAGAAAACUCGAGUCGGCCAACCAAACCGGAGUCCGAGCAAAAAGUCGAAUAAGAAGAGAUCGAAAAAGAAAAACAGACAUCACAGUAGUGAGGAGAGUGAGUCGGAAAUUGAAGAAAUCGACCCAGAUGAGAAUGAUAACAACGAGCAGAAGAAUUCGGAAGCUUAUAGGAUUAUCGAAGAAAAAAAGAAGCUCAUUGUGUCCAAGAUUCGUCCUAACAGUUCCGGCACAAAGCCAGACAUUCUUCAAACCUAUAUUGACUAUCAAUCGGCGGAACUAAUUUCCCAGUAUCUUGCUUCCAAGCGAUCCUUCUCGCAAAGUUUCGACCGAUACCUGAAGCAAAUUCUACAAGUUCUUACUGAAUCGUCGAUCGCUAUCAGAACGAAAGCCAUGAAGUGUUUGACGAUGAUAGUUGAGGCUGAUCCGAGCGUUUUGGGAAGAGUCGACAUGCAAAUGGGCGUAAAGCAUUCUUUCCUCGAUCACUCGACAUCAGUCCGAGAAGCUGCUGUCGACCUCGUCGGGAAAUUCAUUCUCAGCAGGCCAGAGUUGAUUGACAAAUACUACGAUAUGCUCUCCUCAAGGAUCCUCGACACCGGAGUCAGUGUUCGAAAACGAGUUAUUAAAAUCUUGAAAGAUGUUUGCAUGGAGUGUCCCGACUUUCCCAAGAUUCCCGAAAUCUGCGUCAAGAUGAUAAGAAGGGUGAACGACGAGGAGGGAAUCCGGAAGCUUGUUAUGGAGGUUUUUCAAAAUAUGUGGUUCACCCCCGUCCGGGAAAAGCCUGCCAUUGACUCGGAAGCUUUGCUCAGAAAAGUGAUGAAUAUUACGGACGUGGUAGCAGCGAGCAAAGACAUGGGUCUCGAGUGGUUUGAGCAGCUGCUGGUGAGUUUAUUUAAGCCAAAGGAAGACAAGGAGGAUAGCACAAAGUUACAGACUGAACCACCCAAGGUUUUACUGACAGCCUGCAAGCAAAUUGUCGAGUGUCUGAUUGAAAAUAUUCUCCGGCUUGAAGAGACGCCACUCGAUGGAGCGGAACAAGGCGAAAAGAAAGGAUCGCCGCAGAGAUUAGUCGCUUGUCUAACGACUCUACAUCUUUUCGCCAAGAUUCGACCCCAACUUCUCGUCGAUCACGCGAUCACCCUCCAGCCUUACCUGAGUUUGAAGUGUCAGACGCAGGGUGACUAUCAGAUCAUCAGCAGUGUCGCGCACACCUUGGAACUAGUCGUACCUCUCAUUGAACAUCCAAGCGAGACUUUUUUGGCCCAACUUGAAGAAGAUUCCGUGAAAUUGAUUCUACAGCAUGACAAGUCGGUGGUGGCGAGUUGUCUCUCGUGUCUGGGCUCGAUAGUCAACAAUGUCACGAGGAAUUUCAAACUGAUUCGCGACUGUUUCAACAAAUACUAUGGACAUCUGACCGAGUACAAAUCGCAGUACGAGAAGGAUCCGAAUAAUCCGAUUCUUCUGAAAUACAGACCGUUCUUUCGUCGUGCACUCUUUACGGUCGGUUUGCUCUUGCGACACUUUGACUUCACCCUCCCGGAAGUGAUAGAAGGUCUGCCGGACAAUAUCAAGAAUCAGGUUUUCGAAACUCUGACUUAUUUCGUUCAUUUGGAUAAUGAUGACAUCAAGUACUUCACACUGAAGUCUAUUGGAUCCUUGUGCAUUAGACAUUAUGAUUUCAUGAUGCUUUCGGAACUCAAGGAGUUGUACCAUUAUUUGCUAACGUCUGAUCUCGCCCCGGUGAACAUGAGGAUUCAGGUUUUGAACAAUAUCGAGAUUUACCUGCAGGAGGAGGAAACGAGGAUGAUAAAACAGGAUCAGGAGUGGGCGAAGCUUUCGAAACAGGAGAAUCUCAAAGAGAUGGGUGAUGUCUCGUCGGGAAUGGCGAGCACGGUCAUUCAACUUUAUCUCAAGGAAAUCCUUGAGUCUUUUGUUCACGUGAAUGUGGGCGUGAGACACGCAGCUUUGAAAGUCAUACAGUUGAUUCUUGCACAAGGUCUCGUUCAUCCGGUGCAGAUUGUUCCUUAUUUGGUCUGCAUGAGCACUGACUGCGAGAAAAUGGUGAGUCACAGUGCAGACAAGCAGUUGCAGGACAUUGAGAAGAAGUAUCCAGGUUUUAUUCAUAUGAGAGCCCAGUUUGGAAUCAAAUUGAGCUAUCGGCUCCAGAGUAUUUUGCAAAAUGACACCACGGUGCGGGGAAUGCGAACGAAGGAAGGCGAGUAUCCCUCGGCAUUGAAUGGAUUUCUCUAUACAAUUUUGAGGAACACGAAACAGCAGAGGAGAGCGAUUGUUCUCUCCUUUUUGAAGCAGUUUGAUGAAACGGCGAAGACAAGUCUUUCCCAGAUGUUGUUUUUGGCCGACAAUUUGGCCUACUUCGCAUAUCAGGUCCAGGAUGAGCCUCUCUUUAUUAUUCACCACAUAGACAUUAUUAUCUCGUUGUCGGGGACGAAUGUUCUUCAGUCAUUCAGAGAAGGACUCCUGCCGAAAGAUGGUGGUUCUAGGUUGCCCAAUUUUCCGGCCGAGCAGACGCUCAUGAUUGGUCCCGAUGGCCAGCCGAGAGCUGAUCAAUUGCUGUCGAGUCUGGAAGACGAGGAGGAUGACGAGGAGGAUGAGGAGGCUCUUAUGGUGAGAUUGCCGGAAGACACCACAAUUUUGCGGCAACUGAUUACCGCGAGUCAAGGUUUUCUGCUUCUCCUAAAUUUGAGGCAACACUUGAAGGAUCUCUAUGGAUUUUCGGAUGCGAAAAUUGGCCAGUACUCGCCCUCGGAGUCGGCCAAGGUCUACGAGAAGGCAGUGACGCGGAAAAGUACUCUGCAGUUUAAACCCAAAGCGACCCUGCAGAAAUUGAAGGAGGGCGAGAAUAAUGAGGAGUUGGAUGAGGAAGGCAAGCGGAAAUUGUUGAAGGAGUAUCUGGACUUUAGGCAGCUGAUGUUGAAGUUUGAUCCGGAUGAUCCUGACGAGGAUGCCGACGGCGAGAAACGUGAUACAAUUACUCUGCAUGGUGUGAACGCUGACUCGAAUAAAUUCACCGGCGGCACUGUGACAAUUCAUGAGCCUGUUGCACCCAGCAAUAAUUCAACGGAUCAUCCGAAUAAUUCGGUGAGUGUCAGUCCGCCAAGAGUGCCGAAAAUCACGAUACGCGCGAAUCCUGAUAUGAAGGAGCACACGACCACGACGACCACGACGCCAAGGAAGCCACGUCAGCAGAAAACGAAGGAGGUGAGAAAACAGAAGAAGAAGAAGCGAAGAAGAAUCUCCGACAGUAGCGACAGUGGCGACGAUUAUAGUGAUCCUGAUUUUCAGAUGUGAGUGCCGUGUAUAUAUGUGUAUUACCUUGAAGUGAGUACACUUUUGCGUACUUAUUUGAGGACCUUUGUAAUCUAAAAAGUGUCGUCUCUCGUGCAAAACAAAAGAAAAAAGAAA